AUCAAAAGCGCUUUUUAAUCGCAUUAAGCCUAUACCCCCUUUCAUUUUUCGUGAACACUCCCUUUAUUGUGCAAACUUAAUAAUGUAAUCCAAAAUGAUGAGCGAGAAACCCGAAACAUUUGUCCCAAACCAUGGUUGAUGCAUGCUUAUCAAUUUACGAGUUAACAAAUAUGAAAGAGCGUAUGAACUGUGUGUGUGUUAUGAGUUAAACUACUCCUCGUCGAUCUCCUGGUUACCAUGGAUACUAGAGAGGACAGAUCCACGGAUAUAUUUCAGUUCAAAUACAGAUUCAUCAAGGAUGGGUUCUAGUUGCAGUACAAUUAAUCAAAGGGUGCAGAGAAUGAUAGACGAGCAGUCCUCCUGGAACCUGAACCCCUACCAGAUGGAGGAGGAGACAGGGAAGCCGGAGAGGGAGAUUAAACUACUUCUGCUCGGAGCCGGGGAGUCUGGCAAGUCCACGAUCGUGAAGCAGAUGAAGAUAAUCCACGACAACGGGUACACGAUGCAUGAGAAGGAGCAGUUCCGUCCUGUUGUCUUCUGUAACACGGUCCAGUCUCUUCUUACUAUACUUAAGGCUAUGCCGGUUCUAAAGAUAGGGUUCAAGAAUCAAGUAAUGGUUGAAAACACAAACAAGUUUAUCCUCAUGUCAGCUCUUAUUACAGAGGAUUUGUUUCCAAGAGAACUGGCUGAAGUGAUGACUCAACUGUGGGAAGAUCCUGACCUACAACAUUGUUACUCUAGGAAUUCCGAAUAUCAACUGAACGACUCUGCAUCAUACUUUCUGGAUAAUCUUCAUCGAUUAUCCACUGAGUUCUAUCUACCUACAGAUCAGGAUAUUUUACGAACUCGUGUGAAGACGACUGGAAUUGUAGAAAUCCAUUUUCAUUACAAGAAUCUGCUCUUUCGAAUGUUUGAUGCCGGGGGUCAGCGCUCAGAGAGAAAAAAAUGGAUUCAUUGCUUCGACCAAGUCCACGCAAUCAUUUUCUGUGUAGCAAUGUCUGAGUACGACCUGGUGUUGGAGGAAGAUCAGCGUGUGAAUAGAAUGCAUGAAUCAAUGAAACUCUUUAACUCUAUCUGUAACAAUCGAUGGUUUGAAAAAGCAUCCAUGAUUCUUUUUCUUAAUAAGAAGGAUUUGUUUGAGGAGAAGAUCAAGGUGAGCCCCCUGACUGUAUGUUUUCCAACCUAUACUGGAGGAAACUCAUUCCAAGAUUCAGCAGAGUUUAUUCAUCUCAAGUUUCAACAGUUAAACAGAAACUGCGCCCACCGUUCUUUGUACUCUCACUUCACCUGUGGAACGGAUACUAACAACGUCAAGUUCGUCUUCGACGCGGUCACAGAUAUCUUGAUUAAGAAGAACAUGCAUGAAUGUGGUCUCUGACCUUCUGUACGCAUAUAGUUGUUACUUUGAUCUUCUGUACGCAUAUAGUUGUUACUUUGAUCUUGUGUGCGGAUGUAGCUUUACUUUAAUCUUCUGUACGCAAAUAGUUGUUACGUUGAUCUUCAGUACGCAAAAAGUUUUUACUUUGAUCUUCUGUGCGGAUAUGGUUUUUUCUUUGAUCUUCUGUACGCACAUAGUUGUUACUCUGCAAACCUUUUGUACGCAUAUCAAGGGUUAACUACAAAGGGAGCUCUUGAAAUAUAACGAACUGAGGUAAAUAAUGUUAUCUAGGCAAACUGUGUCUAAGCAAAAUGUUAACUAGGCGAACAUGUAGUAGAUGAAAGUGUAUACUAUCGACGAGAGUGUACUAGACGAAAGUGUACUAAGCGAAAUGUUACUGAGCCGGAUUAUGUCUUCGAUGGAUUUAUUGAAUAAUUUGCCAAAGAAAGAAACCAGUUCACAGAUGCAAGUACCAGGAACCUUCAAUUUAAAGAAAAAUAUUUCCAGAAUUCUCUAAACUCUCAUCAUUUCUGGAUAAUCCUGUAGUUGUUUGAUAUUAAGAUUUUCUUUGUUAUUCUGCAGACCAAUAAACCUACUAGAAUUACAAAUUGUUAAUAAAAAAUUAAUGGAAAUCCAAAAAACAAUUACAUCCAUUUUUCCAAUGCAACAGAACCAAAAAUAAAAAUGUUAUUUCGAUCAAAAUAUGAAAUAAUCUGAAACCAAACUUAACUCUCUAAACAUGAUUUAGAAACAAAAAAUAAUUCUUCAGAUUUUAAACAUUAAAUCUUCCUUUUCACAGCUUUAAAAACCGUAGUCAAUGCAAUUUACAAACACUUUAAUUGAAACCCGGAGCCAAACAAUUUUGUAAAUCUUGAAUAGAUGGGGUUGAAUACAAAUUUUGUUUUCUUAACCGCAGGGUUUUUCUCGAACAUUUAAAUAACAAUGAAAAUCUAAAAAGUCAGAAAUUACUUUUAACCCUUGGUAUGGCAUUGAAGAGUUUUUUAUUUUAGUGACUGGAGAAAUAAUUUCAACUGACUCUAUGUGACAUUUCCGUUUACUUGUUUUCUUUAUCAAAGUACCUUGCAGAUUUAUAUACAGCGGAAACAACAAACGAAAUUCAUCAGUUUUCAGGAUUGUAAAUUACGAAAUCUUUCUCAUUAUUUCUCAGAGAAAGGUUUAUGGGUACCGUUGUGAAUAAGACAAGCCAUUCUCUAAAUGGUAUUUUCUACAAUUUUCUCUUUAAAUUACGUCUACACUCUACGGUCCCGUUACUGGGGGAAAAUAUAAAGUUAUAAAUUACAUACUUUUUAAAACUAACUUAUAGCAAUAUUUUUUAAUCAUCUGUCAAAUCAAAAUCUCCGUCCGAUUCCUCCAAGCUUCCUCAAAUUUGCCUUUUAUGUAAAAAACUGUUUUCAUAAAUUAUAAGGAAAUAUAAAUUCACAAAAAAGUUACUUAAGUAUAUUU